AUGGUGUCGCAGCGCAACGCGCUUCUGGCAUGGACAGGCCACACUCUUUCUGUGUCUCCUCGUAUAAGCCGUGGUCUCUCGCUGGCUCAUUGGGGAAGCACUCAGCUCACCGGCCGUGGAUUGGCCGCCCUGUCAUCCCCAGGCCAGGUCUACCAAGUGACGCUCGCUGAGGGCGAGGAGUUCGUCGCACACCCGUCGCACGUGGUUGCCUACUCCAUCUCGCGCAACCCGCCUCUGCCGAUGCGCUUGAAGUCGAACAUUCUCCGUUUUCAAGUCCCGAGCAUCACCGGCCUCUUCUCUGACACAAACUUUGUGAAGGCGAUGCGCGACACGAGCACCUACAAGAACCUCUCGAGAUGGAUGUUCGCCCUGCGCACCUCACUGAGACGCACCAUCUGGGGUGACCGACUGUUCCUUCAGUUCCGAGGUCCGACUACCCUUCUCAUGUCUAGCCGGGGCGUCAGAGUCGCCGACUCUCUCACCAACGAGGAGGUCAACGAGAUUGCGGAUGCGCCAGCUGGUGUGGCUCCGCAGGCGGUCGAGCUGACCACGAAGCCCAAGCUCGAGGCGACGCCAGCAUAUACGGAGCAGCCCCCUUCAGCCAUUCACGUUGCGAACGUCACGCGCGAUGGAAAAGUUAGUUUUGAGGAUGCAAAGGACCUCAAGGAGUUCGUGAGGUAG